AUGCCAAAUUCUCCCUACGAGUUCAGCCAGUCUUCUCACCAGGAUCCAGCAACCCUUCCUCGAGCACAUUCCUCUGCGUCGGACUACUCAGACGUGGUGCAGUAUCAGCCGUACUCACCGCUACCACAACACCAAUACACUCGUCCUCAACAGCAGCGCGCGGUGUCAAUGAACCCCUACUUUGAGACCACAUCGCCUCCACGAUCACGUACCUUUCCCGAAGCUACACUCGGGGUUACGACACGCGACAAUUUUUACAGUCGGCCACGGCCACGGCCACACACAACAUGGGUAUCACACACAGAGCCAUUUACAGAUGUUUCUCAAUUCCAUCUAUUUGCUGAAGCGAUGACCGGACUGCCAAACGAUGCCGAGCCUUUUUCACCAACCGGUCCACCGCAGCUUCAGGGCUCACUUUUCGCUCGAAGAAGUGCCAAUGACACUAUUCCAAUACCUCUACAAAACCCUCAAUAUUUGUCGAGAACACAACCGGCACGACGGCCUCAUAGAGAGCAGAGAGAUGAUUGGCAAAAUUUUGAGCCACCACCGCAUAUCUCGUUACAUGCAGGGUCCACACAGAAUCAUCCUAUGCCUGUUCAAAAUCCGCCUCUCCACGCAUAUGAACAAUGGCAACCACCAUCACAUAUGGGUGCCAUCACAGCGGAAUUAGAGCUACUGGGGCUAGAAGAUCCUCAGGGUUCGGACGAUGAACUUCCAGACUACCAACAGAGCCAAGCGGAGAUGGCGGCGAAGAAGAGACAAGAAGCGUCAGCAAGAGCUCGGGAACUAGAGGCAAGAUGGCGAGGUACACACAGAUGA